AGCGCGGCGGGAGCGCGGAGGGGCCGCGGCCAUGCAGUGAGAGCCCUCCGUGGGACCAGCCCCGCUCCGGCCUCGCCACGGGAGCUCUGCGAGGGACAGAACCCCCCCAGCUCAAGAUGCAGAGGUGCACCGGAUUCCUGUUUCUGUCUUUAAUCCUUUGUGCCACCCUCUCGGAAACACUCGGGCUGGUUUUCUCAGCAAAAGACAAAAGGGGUUGGACUUUGAAUAGUGCUGGUUAUCUACUUGGGCCACAUGCAGUAGAUAACCACAGAUCUUUUAAUGACAAGCAUGGUUUCACUGGUAAACGUGAAAUACCACCUGAUGAGGAUAUUAAAGCAGGGAGUCUUGGAAGAGCCCUGGCUGAUGAGAACAUUGUGCGCACAGUCGUUGAAUUCUUGACCUACUUGCACCUGAAAGAGGUGGGAGCACUUGACAAGCUACCUACACCAGAAGAAAUGAACCAGUCUUGAAGAAAGCCUUUUUAUUUUGUUGCAGUGUAGAUUUAGACUGAAUUCUGAACAAAAGACCAAAAUGACCUGAAUUUAAGAAGUAUGGUUUGCAUUUAUUUGAUAAAUGGUAAACAGCAUUCUGCCCUCUGGUUGGUUUGUUGGAUUAUUUUUUGCUUUUGUUUUCCAUCCUUCUCCUGCAAUGUCAUCGUGUAUAAUUUUGCUUUGGUAAAACUUUUCUGUUGGUAAAUGAUA